AUGGCUACAUUCUGGCGCCCCGGCACAGCGCUCCGUGGUGCAACCGCUACGGCCGACGCGGAAGCAGAAGUCGCACGUGACCUUCCAAAGGACGUCGAGGUACCGCUUGUGCAGUUCAAUCCAUUGUCGAAGCUCUCGGUACAGGACCAACGAGCUCGUCUCCCCGUCGCUCGUCACCGUCUCGAACUGCUUUAUGCAGUGGAGACUUAUGCAAUUACGAUCCUCGUAGGCACCACAGGCUCUGGAAAAACCACGCAAGUGCCGCAGUAUUUAGUGGAGGCGGGAUGGGCGACAUCUCGGUCGAUCGAUGGUCAAUACACGGGGCAGAACCGGACGAUCGUGUGUACCCAGCCCCGACGUGUUGCAGUAGUGACCAUUGCGGAGCGUGUGGCAAUGGAAAGAGGCUGUAACCUUGGCGAGGAAGUGGGAUAUGCUGUUCGGUUCGAGGAGCAGUGGGACGCUGAGCGCACGAAGAUCAAGUUUGUCACGGACGGACUGCUGUUAAGAGAGACGAUGCGAGAUCCGUUGCUGUCGCGGUAUUCAGUGGUGAUUUUGGAUGAAGCUCAUGAACGUAAUUUAGAAACGGACUUGCUACUGGGAUUGAUCAAGAAAAUACGCAGGAAGCGGCCAGAGCUGCGCGUGAUCAUUGCGUCUGCGACUCUGCAUGUCGAUACGUUUGUAAAGUUCUUUCGCUCGAAGAAACAGGACAAGCUGCAAGAAUCAGGGGAGACCUCGAUGUUGGCAAAGCCAGCUGUGGAUCUAGAGGAUGUCGUCGUCGUGUCAGUGGAAGGACGCCAGUUCCCUGUCGAUAUCGAGUACCUUCAGGAACCGUGUGGAGACUAUCUGCAACGAAGCAUCGACACGGUCUUGGCUAUCGACAAGCAUGAAGGUGAAGGGGACGUGCUGGUGUUCCUGCCUGGUCAGGAGGAGAUCGAUUUUGUUGUUAGAGCGCUCAACGACCGCGCACCAGCAGAUAUCCUUCCUGUGCCAUUGUACGGGACGCUGCCGUUAAAAAUGCAACAGAACGCGUUUCUGCCGGCACCUCGAGGCGUUCGACGUAAAGUGAUUGUGGCAACUACCAUUGCUGAGACUUCCGUGACUAUCGAAGGAGUGGUAUUUGUAGUGGACGGGUGUUUCACCAAGCUCGCUUUUUUCAACCCUCUUACUGGAGUAGAAACUCUAGUGACGACAUUGGUUUCCAAGGCCUCAGCAAAGCAGAGAGCAGGUCGUGCAGGGCGUUCGUGUCCUGGAAAGUGCUUUCGACUUUGCACCCAGGAGUACUUUCGCACCAAACUGGCGAAAGAGACGAUUCCGCAGAUGCAGCGCACGAAUCUGGCAACUGUGGCAUUGUAUCUCCUGAGUAUGGGUAUUCGGGAUCUCGCCCACUUUGAUUUCGUGUCCCCGCCAUCUCCAGAGGCUCUCAUCCGUGCUUUGGAGUUGUUGUUCUUUCUUGGUGUCAUCGAUACUGACAGUCGUCUCAUUGAUCCAUUAGGGACGCAGGUGGCUGAAUUUCCCGUGGCCCCGUCAUUGGCAAAAGUGAUCCUGUCGUCUUGCCGGUUUGACUGCAUGCGUGAGAUGCUCAGCAUUGCUAGCGUGUUGUCUGUGGGAGACGUGUUCCUCAAUGCACGUGGCUCGAAAGCGGGAAAAGAAAAACUUGCAGAGGCCAUGGAGCAUUUCGCACACCCGGACGGCGACCACAUGAUGUAUCUGUCGAUCUAUGACGAGUUUGUAGAUUCUGGAAAGAGUCGUUCAUGGUGUGAUGAGUAUUUGCUCAGCCACCGUGCACUUGUGCGUGCUACCGAAGUUCGUCGGCAUCUUGAACGGUAUAUCACGCGUUUUAAGUCGUUGGAAAAGCAUCACGAAGCAGAUCAUGUGCAACUUGACGGUACCGGCACGGACGAAACAGAGGAGAAGGUCCGCAGUGCUACCAUUCGCAAGUGUCUCGUCAGCGGAUACUUUGCAAAUGCUGCAAAAUUGCACGCUGAUGGUAUCUACCGAACACUGCGUGACCAGCGAGCAGUGCAAUUGCAUCGAACGUCCGUGUACUAUCACAUGGGGACACUGCCCGACUGGAUCAUCUUUCAUCAGAGCGUGCUUACUACCGAAGAGUUUGUCCGGGACGUGUCGAAGAUCGAUCCACGUUGGCUCGUGGAUCACUCCCCCGAUUUCUACCGCACAAAAGACGUCAGCAGCGCAAUAUCCGGCAGUUCCGGUGCUCUGGGCUUGCCAUCCACAUCGUCUACAGCAUCAACGACGAAGAAGCCGAAAGUGACUGAACCUGAAGCCGCAGCAACUGCUAUCAGCUCCGAUGGUCGCAUCUUGUUUCGGAAACCAAAGCGGUCGACGCAGGGAUCGAAACCCAACCUGCCCGUGCACAUUGGCAAGAGCAAAGGGGGGCUGCGUUCGCAAUUCUAG